UACUUCUUUCUUUUUUUCUUUCAGGUGGAGAGGAUUGUAGACAAAAGGAAGAACAAGAAGGGUAAAUGGGAAUAUCUCAUCAGAUGGAAAGGUUACGGAAGCAAUGAAGAUACUUGGGAACCCGAACAUCAUCUCCUACAUUGUGAGGAAUUUAUUGAUGAGUUCAAUGGACUACAUGUUAGUAGAGAAAAGCGAUCGAGACAUGGAAAACAGACCAGUACUACAAAAUUUUUACGGGAAAGCCGAGGGUCAUCUCUUGAGAAAAUAUCACAUAGACCUUCUGAAUCCGGGAAGGCAAAAGGGUCAGCACACAAAAGGAAGAGAAUUAAUCCUUCUCUACAAAAACAGAAACGAGGAUACACAGCAAAGCCAGCAUCUGCUAAUGACAGGGCUGCUAAAACUGUAACUUACCGAACUACUCCCAGCGGUUUACAGAUCAUGCCACUGAAAAAGCCACAGAAUGGUCUGCAGAAUGGAGAUGGCAGUCAUGAAAAGGAUUCUAGACAUUUUGGGAAUGGCUCACAACAGCAAAACAUGGAUAUAAAUGAUCAUGAAGGAGAACAAAAUUUGCCCAGCGUGUUGGAAGUUAGUAAUGAAUCGCCUGUUGUGAACGGAAUUGGUUCUUCUCUGGCCAAUGGAAGCUUGAAUCUACACAGCACUGUGAAAAGGAAACUAGAUGGGGAGAAAGAUUAUGUCUUCGAUAAGAGACUGAGAUACAGCGUGCGUCAAAAUGAAAGUAACUGCCGGUUCAGGGACAUUGUGGUGCGGAAAGAAGAUGGUUUCACACAUAUUUUGCUGUCGAGUCAGACUUCAGAUAACAAUGCACUGACCCCAGAGAUCAUGAAGGAAGUUCGGAGAGCAUUGUGCAAUGCAUCAGCUGAUGACAGUAAACUCUUACUUCUCAGCGCAGUGGGAAGUGUAUUCUGUAGUGGCCUAGAUUACUCAUAUUUAAUUGGCAGGUUAUCCAAUGACAGAAGAAAGGAAAGCACUAGGAUUGCAGAAGCUAUAAGGGAUUUUGUAAAAGCUUUUAUUCAAUUUAAGAAGCCAAUUGUGGUUGCUAUCAACGGCCCUGCUCUUGGGUUAGGAGCUUCAAUUUUACCACUAUGUGAUAUCGUUUGGGCAAGUGAGAAGGCAUGGUUUCAGACACCAUAUGCAACAAUCCGACUCACUCCAGCUGGCUGCUCAUCAUAUACAUUCCCCCAAAUUCUGGGUGUUGCACUGGCAAAUGAGAUGUUGUUCUGUGGGAGAAAGCUGACAGCACAAGAAGCCUGCAGCAGAGGACUGGUAUCACAAGUAUUUUGGCCAACAACAUUUAGCCAAGAAGUGAUGCUCCGAGUGAAGGAAAUGGCGUCCUGCAGCGCAGUGGUAUUGGAAGAGUCCAAAUGCCUCAUGCGGAGCUUCCUGAAAUCCGGACUUGAAGAUGUGAAUGAGAAAGAGUGUCAGAUGUUGAAACAGCUGUGGAGUUCUUCCAAAGGACUGGAUUCGUUAUUCAGCUACUUGCAAGACAAGAUUUACGAAGUCUGAUGUCUUGGCCUAACUUAAGCAGUAAACGCUCCAGUUGUGAACAGUCAAACAUUACCUGUGUUUGAAAAGCAGAGGCAAUGCGUCAUUGAGGAGUUUGUGACAGUGUAUCCUACUGCAUAUGGUUGUGUCGAUUUCCUUGUGAGCUACACGCUGCUUGUAGCUGGUUUGAUUUCGUGUAACCGAGAUGUAGGCAGGCUUCUUCAGUGCACAUAUUCUCUACAGAGGGCUGCAUCUUCCACGUGCUCAUCCAGACAGAAACAUACAUUCCAUGUGCUGAGAAGCACCACUGAGGCCCACUAAGGCACACCAUCUGUAAGGAUCUUUUUUGUCUGUCCUCCUUAACUUAUUCCUGCUGUUGCAAUGCAUUUGGGCUGACACGGAGGGCUCAACCUAAGAACCGGGUCGGCGCAAUAUUUUGAAGACCCAAACACCAUACUUUUGAAAUGGUUUAAUUUUUUUAUUUUUAUUUUUUUUUUUUGCUAAGUUCUAACAGUGUAAUGGAAAAAUCUGGUAAUUUAUAUGUAUAAUAUGUAAAGUUAGUUUUACCAAAAUUACUAGGAUUUUUUUCUUUGUUGAAUUUAUUUAACUUAUUUAUUUUGUGUUCAUAUUCAGCUGUUUAUUGAUCACAGAUCUUAUUUUCAUACUUCCCUUGACUUAAUGGCAUCACGUGGGAAUGCAAACACACUUUGAGCAGCAACAUACAUAGAAAAACAAAGAUAUACAGAAAACACACAGUAUGCUGUGGGCACUAAAAAAAACCAGCCAGGUACAUGCUCCUGUACAUGUAAAAUUGUACAAAAAUGUAUGAAACACAUUCAUUCGCCACGGUUGAGGGAAAAAAAGCGGAUUCUGAACUAGUGAGAUCCCCCCCCUAAGUCCCUCUUCACUUCCUGCCUUCUGGAGGAGCACUGAAGGGCUUGCCAACAAGAAGCUUUAUUUAAGUUUACGACAGUCCUGUUAGCCGGAUGUGAGUGACAGGGUGAGCGGUGCCGUUCCAUGGCACCUUACUGUUCUUCAGGUUUAAACAUCCCUUUCUGGUCUGAAGUCUAGAAGCAAACCCUUAUGAGCCUUAGUCUAGUUGCCUGAUUCCUCAGGUGUGAGAUAAUUUCUGCUCUGGAGGCCUUUGGGUGUGGGCCAACAGUUUAUACAAGGUGCUAGGCAUUGAGCUAAGCGGAGGGAGAAGUUUCGGGUUGCUUUUCCCGGCCCUCCACAUCUGGCCACCCCACCAUCUGGCCCCAGAAUGUACGGCUAUCCAUACAGCAGUCCACACGUAACUACAAAAGUCCAAUCUGCUAUUUCAGAAUGUGAUCCUAGUACUUUUCAGUGACACUGACUGACUUCUGAACACUGGAUCGAUCUCGUUUAUUUCUUGCUAGUAAGGCAAUUAAUAUGGAAAUGACUCAAGCAUGCUCUGUGACUCCAGCUGCCAUUUUAGCAUGCCCAAACUACCGCCUCUUGAAGCAGAAGCUUUGCACAUUUUUUUGUUUUGCAGUUUGUGCACUUGCUCUCCAUCCUUGAGCUCAUGGUUUAAAUCUCUGCAAACAAGGCUGGGAGCUUUCCUCCCUGCAGCCUUUCCACAAAGAGCUUCGACAAAGCCUUUGCAAAAUUAUCUAACAGGUGAUUACAAUAACCCUUCAACACAUUUUUAUAACAUUUCUUGUUCCACAACUAAUUAGAAGCACUGUUUCUAUGGCCUAAUUGUACCACUGAAUUUUAAGGAAAUGAUCACCCUAAAGGCAGAUGUUCUCAUGGAAAUUCUUCAUUAAAAAGACAAGGCCUGGCUUCUAAUAAGCCUGCUUUCAUGUUUCAAGAAAUCCUCUCAAAACAGUCACCCACACUGCACCAGAUGAGGGGUUACCCAAGUGAGAACCACUCGCACACACAAGUGUUUGCACAAUCAGGCCUCCAGCAGAUGACUACAGAAUUUUAACAAAAUAAUAAAACUUCUACAAGCAAUGAAAAUACCACGAUUCCUCAAUUUCCUUUGUUUCCUUUACUCCCGUCCAGAGAGCCAUAACUCCUAGUCACGUGUUAAUAAGGUAUUAGGAAGUUUAUUUCGACACUGUGCUUGGUUUUUGUAGAUAAGUAUAGAGAAAUUGCUCAGCAAUGUGAAGGUGUGCUUUCUAUAUGAGAUUUUCAAACGAAGAAGAAUGAUAAGCUGUUAGACCUUUAAACUGCAUCAUUUCAUCUGAUUUUUCAAAUAUCCGUAGCUUACCUUUUUUUACGACAAAGGAAUAGUUGAAAUACAUUUUCUAUAAUUAUUUUUCCAUUAAAGCAAGUGCUAACCAUAGUUAACAUUUUUGAUUAUUCAUAUCUAUACAGUUACAGUCUAGUUUUCAUGAAAUCUAUUUUCCCUUCAAGAAAAGAAUAAUAAUAAUGUCUAAAGCCUCUUUUCCAGUAUUUAAAGAUCAGAAUCGAUUUGCUCUGUCCUUACGAGGUAUCCAGACAUUUCGAUGUACUGUACAUAUUAGUCUGGGUACCUUCACUAAUAUUCACAGUAUUUAAGAUUAUAAAUGCAAUUUGUUGUUAAGUAUGUUAUUUUAUUCUCGUGUAAAUUGUUUUGUACAAUCUUUAAAAAUCUACAGUUUUGCAUUUGUAGAUAUUAAAGGUAAGCGAUUUAUUUUGUGUUGUCCUGCAUGUAUAUUUUUGCUGUAGAUAAGUGUUGCUCUGUUUACUAUUUCAGUACAUUUCUGUUUAAAUGAAUAAGCUUACAAACUUUAAUACAGUAUAUAUUUUCAGAAUAUAAACUUUUAUAUUUCUGUGGUAGGUUAGGGUAUGCGUUUUAGGCAAUCUUUUUCACUACUAUUAACUGUUCUUUUAAUCUAUAAUAUAAUGGUUUUGUGCCAAUAGUUUUUAAUUAGAAAAAAAAAAAGGCUCUUUUAAUGUUAGGGAUAAACAAACAAUUUUGUUUGGGGUUUGUUUUGUUUUAUUUUGUUAUUUUUUUAAUUAUUUUGCCAGCUUUUAAAGUUUUAAAUGUAAUUUAUAAAUGUAUUGCAUUUGUGAAUAAGCCUUACCAUUAGGUACAAGAAAUCUUUAAAGCUACAUAAUGGCUUAUGUAGUACUAAGGACUUCCCCAACUAAUUGCUGUAAGAAAGUUAGCAAAUCAGAGUACAGGGCCUUAAGUUUUUCUUGUGAAAAGGAUAAUACGGGUUGUUUCCUUCAAACAACAUACUUGGACUUGUCAGCAUGGGCUUUGUUAUAUUUAAUCUGUGCAUUUGUGCUCCCAACCACAGUAGUUUAAUCUCAGGCUUUGUGUGGCUGGGUCUAUAAAAGUCAAAUCUGGCUAAAGCCACCACUCUUUAGGAGACACUAAAGAAGUUUACAUAAGAGACUUAUAGACAAUCUUAAUCAUAGUACAUUUGGGUACUCGGUAUCCUAGAUGUGUUAUCUGUGUCCGCCCAAUUAACCAUAUGUUUUAAGCCAUAUUAAAUCUCUUUACUGCUACUUUAAAUACUACACUGAAAGUCAUUCACUAGCUUGCUUACUCACAGACAGGACUUCGAUUUUUAGAGAAUAAAAAUAUUAUGCCUUCCAUAAAAACAAAGGACCAAAGAACUGCAUUAUUCUAAUGAAGCGUUAGUUCCGUAGCCAAUGAACUAGCAUGACAUUUGUACCGAAGAUCAAAUAGUCUCUUUCUGCUACAAACACUGCAUUCUCAUCUAUGUCAAGCGCAAGGGGAAAAGACGUGUCCACUGACCGACUGGGAAAGGAGUGAUGUUCAGCUAGGAUGGCAUGUCUAUUGGUAAGGCUUAUUACCAAACCUCUGAGAUGAAGCAAAGAACCAAAAAUUCACAAAUUAUGUCAAUGUAAAUUUAUUUUCAGAACUUGCACAAGUAAUUAAUUGUAGAACUUCCCAAAUUAGACCCUUAAGUUAUUUUGUCAGAACGCCAUGGAACAGACUAAAACAGUUUCUAAUAUUUGUAAUGAUGAGUACAUAUUAUAAUAUUAUAAGGGUACAGGCACCCCUAUAUCACAGUGUUGUAAAUAUUUUCUGAAACUGGUACAGUACUGAGGGACUUGUAUCUUCUGAUAUAUCAAAUAUUGACUGUCUAGAUCAAAUUGUACACAAUUUAUUUGUUGAUGGUCCUGUAACUAGUGUAUGGACACAUUUCUGGGUGCCUUAGAAGUUGUAUUUUUCAUGUGUGUUAAUAUGCAGUAUUUAUACAUUGUGAGAAGCUGCUUUGAAUAAAAACAUUGAAACUUCA